UAAACCGUGAUUUUUGUUCCGCCGUUAACCGAUGGCAUCGGCGAUAACGUUUCGCAUAUACGCGUUGCGUCGUAUGAGUCUAUACACAACAACAGCAACAUCAACAAGAAUAGCACGCGUUGAAUCUCCACUGUUCCAGAAACUUAUCGAAGACCUAAGGUGUUGCAGAGAGGUCGCCCAAGUUUCUCGAAUCCAUGGCUACAUGGUGAAAACAGGAAUCGACAAGGACGAUUUCACAGUGAGCAAGCUCAUUGCUUCCUCCUCUCUUCAAGAUAUCCGAUACGCCUCCUCGAUCUUCGAGAAUGUCUCCAACACCAAUCUCUUCAUGUUCAACACAAUGCUCAGAGGUUAUUCUAUCAGCGACGACCCAGAGCGAGCCUUUCCUGUUUUUAACCAAUUGAGAGCUGAAUUUUCCACUUUGGAUCGCUUCUCGUUCAUCCCAACUUUGAAAUCAUGCGCUCGUGAAUUGUGUAGUAGGUUCGGUGAGGGUGUGCAUGGGAUCGUAUUGAGAUCUGGGUUCAUACCGUUUACCGAUUUGAGAAACGCUCUUCUUCGUUUUUACUGUGUUUCUGGGAGGAUCAAUGAUGCUCGGAAACUGUUCGACGAAAUGCUGGACACGGUUGAUGCUAUUUCGUUUACUACUUUGAUGAAUGGGUAUCUUCAAGUUUCUAAGCCCGCGUUGGCUUUGUAUUUGUUCACGGAUAUGCGGAGAAGUGAUAUCAUUGUUAAUGAUAGUACGCUGCUUAGCUUUCUUUCGGCUACCGGUGAGCUUGGAGACUUGUUAGGAGCAGAAUCUGCUUAUGGGUUUUCUAUCAAGACUGGCCUUGAUCUUAAGUUGCAUUUAAUCACUGCUUUGAUAGGUAUGUACGGCAAAAUUGGGGAUAUGAGUUCAGCGCGCAGGAUCUUUGAUUCUGCUGCAAGCAAGGACGUUGUUAUCUGGAAUUGUAUGAUUGACCAGUAUGCCAAAAUGGGUCUACUUGAAGAGUGUUUAUGGCUACUGAGGCAGAUGAAGUAUGAACAAGUGAAACCAAAUUCAUCUACGUUUGUUGGGCUGUUGUCUUCCUGUGCGAGCUACGAAGCAUCAUCAGUAGGACAGAGCGUUGGAGACUUGGUGGAAGAGGAAAGAGUAGUUUUGGAUGCAGUACUCGGAACCGCACUCGUUGAUAUGUAUGCAAAACUAGGGAUGCUUGACAAAGCUGUUGAAAUUUUUAAUAGGAUGAAGAACAAGGAUGUCAAGUCUUGGACCGCAAUGAUCUCGGGUUACGGAGCGCAUGGACUAGCAAGAGAAGCAAUAAAUAUUUUCUAUAAGAUGGAGGACGAGAGCAUCAAAGUGAAGCCCAAUAAGAUUACUUUCUUGGUUGUGUUGAAUGCUUGUAGCCAUGGAGGUCUGGUGAUGGAAGGAAUCACAUGCUUUAAGAGGAUGGUUGAGGUAUACCGCUUCAUACCCGAAGUUGAGCAUUAUGGUUGUGUGGUUGAUCUUUUAGGUAGAGCAGGGCAGUUAGAGGAAGCAUAUGAAUUGAUAAAGAAUUUACCUAUCACAAGCGAUUCAACAGCUUGGCGUGCUUUGCUAGCUGCUUGUAGAGUCUAUGGGAAUGUAGAUUUGGGGGGACUCGUGAGAACAAAAUUGGUAGAAAUGGGUGAGAGAAAUUUUGCUGAUGCAGUUCUUUUGGCUGGAACACAUGCUGUUGCAGGGAAUCCGCAAGGUCGACAAUAUUUAUUAGAUAAUGAAUUGUAUAAAGAGAAAAAGGAAGCUGGAUAUAGUGCCAUUGAAAUAGAAUGGAGAACGGAAGCAACCUGUGGGCUUCGUAUUUAUUCACCUGUGUUGGAAAGAUAAUCACGACAGGAGCCAUGUAUUUAUAUUUUCGUAACGGUAAUGCUUUUAAAAAUAUUAACCGUGUAUAGUGUGAGAAAGCAGUUUAUUUUGAUUAAACUACUUGUAAGUCUGGGUAAUUUUUGAUACAAUUACAUGUAAUUUUGAUACAAUUACAUCUAA